AUGACAAGUUAUGCGCAUUGGACUUUGCAGAUAACGUUUUUUUUUAAAAAAAAAAGGGGGGGGGGGGGGUCCCCACACUUUUACCGAAGAUUCGAACCCGGUCUUCUACAUUGUUCGACCAUGCAAAUAUCCGCCUUACUAAAUGUAUUAAGAAGUCUGCAAAGAGUAAAAAUGGAUAUCAAGCAAGGGCCGGUUUCAUCAAAAUUGGCACCUCCAGAGAGUGUUAAAGGAAUGGUGCAGCUCAACCGAGAUGCAUUUACAAAAGUUGUUAAAGUACCUGCAGUAAGGAUAGCAAAGUGUGACAUUGGCAAGACUCAGAAGGCAUUGAAACCUUUGUUUCUAAAACUGGCAAAACUGAAGCCCGUGGUUGAAAUGAAUGACAGCAGUUCUGAGAAGAGUCAGUGUCUGAUACUUUUGGAUCCAGAUAAACUUCGGGAUGACAAUCUGUCUCAGGACAAGAAACUUCAGCUUCAGAACCUGGGCCUGGAUAUUGACAACCCAGAAAUGUUUGAGGUAGAACUUAGUUAUAAUAAUUGGACUUUGUCUGAUAUCAUGAGAGCUAUCCUGCCUAGCGACCAAGAUAGUGUGUCAACUUUCACACAGAUUGGACACAUAGCUCAUUUAAACUUGAAAGAAGAGACCCUCCCUUAUAAACAUCUUAUAGGGGAGAUUAUUAUUGAUAAAAUUCCAUCGGUGAAGACUGUGGUGAACAAAAUUGGUGCUAUUGACAACACCUUCAGGGUUUUUCAGAUGGAUCUGCUGGCUGGGGAGGAGAACUACAUCACUCAGAUUAGAGAGCAUGGCUGUGCGUUUGAAUUAGACUUCUCCAAAGUUUACUGGAACUCUCGGCUAGGCACAGAGCAUGCAAAACUGACUGACCUCAUUGAGAAAGGUUCAGUUGUUUAUGAUGUCUUUGCUGGGAUUGGUCCUUUUGCUGUUCCUCUUGCCAAGAAGAAACUUUGCACCGUUUUUGCUAAUGACCUCAACCCUUCAUCCUUUGAAUACUUGAAAAAAAAUAUGGAUCUGAAUAAGUUAGCAAACAGGACCAUAAAAGCCUAUAAUCUGGAUGGCCGUGAAUUUAUUAAGUCUGUGGUGAAAAGCCACAUUAUUGACAGGAUUAGAAGUGCUGUUGCAGAAGCUAACAAAGCAUUAUCACCAGAAGCUAAUGGUGUGAGCUCAGAACUUGAAGAAUCAGAUAUACCUGUACAAGCAAGUAUAGAAACAACUCGGACCACAGCUGAAAAACAGGCCAUUCCUCAUUCCUACAUAAUCAUGAAUUUACCAGCUCUGGCUGUGGAGUUUCUAGAUUCUUUUACAUCACUUCUGCAAGAUAUGCCAGCAGACUUGAAAGUGCCAGACAUGCUGGAGCCAUUUUUACCCCAUGUUUUCUGUUACACAUUUUCGCCUAAGAAUUAUUUGACCGAGGAUUUUCAAUCGCGGGUGGAAAUGAUUUUGGGACAGCCACUGCCAGAUCCGUUAGGUGUGCGACUGGUGAGAAAUGUGGCUCCUAACAAAGAGAUGGUAUGUCUUUCAUUUAAACUGUGGCCUAAUCUUGUUCUUGGCUUGUCUGAGGAGAAGGAACACGUGGACAUACAGGAGGAUGUUGUGGACGCUGAUGUAUGCAAGGAACCAGAAAGUAAGAAACUGAAGCUGUGA